AUGGCAGCCGCUGCUUCCUUUCAACGCCUGCCUCACAGCACAAUACCUCUCGAUCUAGGCUCCGACCCUUACUCUACUGCGUCCUCCUACAAGACUCCAGGCAUCGAUACUUUUGCGCGCAAGAAGUUGUCGCUGUCGACAUCGCUCGGAGGACAUGCAUCCCGGGCGUCGCCGAGUAAACAGAAGUCAUCACUCUGCCAUAUCGAUACGGACAUGACUUCCCACACCACCACCAUCCCUGCCGGCACAGCGACACGGACGCAUGCGAAAUUGCACAAGCGCAACUCCUCCGGCAAUUCGAUACCAGCAUCGCCGUCGCCGCUGUCCGGUUCGUACCCGCAGUUCGCAACCCCAUACGCAACGCAAGAGGAGCCCUUUCCUUUCAUCUCGUCUCACCAACCGACUCCGCCCAGCUCGACUCCCAAGAUCAAACCCUACAUUCGCAAGCUCUCCUCCAAAGAUGCCACUACCAACCAGGGCGCUCUCGAUCUAUCGAAGUCCACAGCAGAAAAUGGCAGCACCCUCGCAGGACUCGGCAUCAAUGACUUCGUUGGCCAGCGCUCUGCCUCGGACGUCACCUUCUCCCAUUCCUCCACCGGUCGCCGCACACCACACAUGCGUACCGCGAGCGUCAAUUCCACCAUCUCCACCGGCUCCGGCUCCUACAAGCCCUCCCAGCCCUUUAUCCACCCCAUGCGCCAGACCCCAAGCGCCUCAUACACUUCCUACGCCUCCUCCCUAGCCAACUCCGAAGAAGCGCGCGAGAGCAGCGACAUCGUCCUUGACGACGACUUCCAGCUCGGCCAUGGCUUUCGGACGAGACGUAGCGUUUCCAUAUCCUCGACUCCGCAACAGAACGCCCCUACACCGCUUUCGCAGUCGCACACAGCUGCUGAUCUCUGGCCGGCGCCUAACCCAGCGAGCUCCUCGCGAUCGAAACUGGCCAGCCAGAACGGGCGGAAGCGCUCCGCAGACCUGUCGCGGCCGAGCUCUGAUCGCGCGUACUCCUUGCUUUCGACGUCUCGAAAGUCGGAUCCGGAGCAGAGUGUUGAUGAUCGCAUCUCAGCAUUAAGAAAGAAUUUCGCCGAGAAGGAGGCUAGUAAGAGCCAGAAGCGCGAGAAAGAAGAGACAAAAAGACGUGAGAGCGAUCUUGCGAAAGAAGCGAGGAGAGAAGAAAGACAAAGGAGGAAGAGCGAAGCCGAUGACAGGAAGCCUGGCAACGACGGAGGUGAGAGGAGGAGGGUAGGGGUGCAGGCGAGGAGUUAUGAGAGUAUGCGGCCCGGCCGGAUUACUGCGUUGGAGGGGAGGAGGUAUGAAGAGAAAGGUGCGAGGGUCGAUGAGCCGGUAGAGACACAGCCUGAAGGGGGUUGGCAUCGGUUCGUCAGGGCUAUGAGCUGUGGGGGGUGA